UUGGGUGUGCUGCAGCAGCCUAUAUCUGAUAAGGGCAGGUGCCAGAUACCCACAGUGGUUGUAUUGUCAUUGUUCUUUAUGCUGGUUGAAUAGAAAAGUGGAAAAUUCAGUCAUAAAGCUGAAUCCUUUAUGCCUUUUUGUCCUUCCAUGGAAGAGGUUUUGAAGGGUGAGAAGUCUAGCACCAAAUCUGUGUGAGGUGGCUCUGAAUUAGCUAGAGAGAUGGGUCACAGAUGUGAACAUCUUAGGAAUUGCCUUUUUGAAGGAACUGUUGGGUGAGGGGAGGGAUUUGCUGUGAGGGUAAGGGAUAGAAACUCAGUAAGAAUAUAGAAACCAGGAAGAGUCUGGAAAUCAGCUGGGGUUUGUGAGAUCUGACAGCAAGGAGGCCACUUAAGCUAAUUCUCCUGUAGCUGAAACACUGGGAGAGCAGGUGUGGAGAUAGGAGUUUGUCUGGAGUCUGGAUUCUGCUGUGAUAGCUCCCCCAGUUUGGCCACAUUACAGGGGAUUGUGUAGGAAAGGAGGAUGUGAAAGUGUACAAAAGCAGCAGACAGAUGAAAAACCUCUUCAGGCCCAUGCUUUGCAUGCUGGGGCACAAUGCAUUUACAGGAGCAUUGUGGGAAUAUAGAAAUUUUUUAGAACUUGCCAGGACCUGUGCAGCAGGACAAGGAAAUGUGCAUUAGGCCCUGAUGAUAGCAGCAGAAGAAAAUGGCCAGGAGAGGCAGUGGCCUUGUGUAAAAUAAAAACCUUGAGUAAGUGGUGUGACUUUCCUUGCAGGUGAUUGCCCUUGUGAUGGAUUCCUUCACAGACAUUGAGAUCUUCAGUGACCUUCAGGAUGCCUAUAACAACCGCCAAGUCCCUGUCUACAUCCUUCUUGACCAGGAUUUUGCACCUCAUUUCUUGGAAAUGUGCAACAAUUUGGGAGUUUGUCCUGAGCAGGAAAGUAUGAUGAGAGUUCGAACUCUCACAGGAAGCACCUACUACAUGAGGUCAGGUGCCAAAAUUGUCGGGAAAGCCAAGGAGAAGUUCAUGUUAAUUGAUGGCAUUAGAGUGGCAACAGGCUCCUACAGUUUCACAUGGUCUGAUGGGAAGCUGAACAGCAGCAACUUGCUGGUGUUGUCAGGUCAAGUGGUUGAACACUUUGACCUCCAGUUCAGGAUUCUUUAUGCCCAGUCACUGCCCAUCAGCCCAAAGCGACCGUCCAGCUGCAGGAACAGUGGCAUGUUUGAUCACCUGCUGACCAGAACAGAAUCCUCUAAAGAAUAUACUGUGGAAGGCAACUUGAGAGCAGAAUUUGCCAGACUGUCUAGCACUCCAAAGAAAUUACUGGGAAAAACAGGUCAGAUGGAAUAUCCUCCUGCAGGAAAGCUUUGUAAGCUGGGGCAUUCUUGCCUGUGUGAAGAGGAAUCGUUCAGCAAUCAAGUGGCCACAGUGGAACAGAAAAGUGCAUCAACUCAAACUGGCCCAUGGGGAGAAAUGGCAGCUGUGACCAAAUGUAAUGCAGCCACUCAGGCCAGCACUGCCACAGCAGACAUGAGCACUCAGGCUUCUGUCACAACCAGAGUGACAGGCACUCAGACAUCGAUUUUGCUGAAGACAGCGGUGACACAGACAAAGGAAGAGGAGGGCACAGAAACACCCCUCCUUCCCAGAAAGUUUUCAAAAGAAGAGUAUUUUCUGUCUGGAAAGGCUGUAUCCAGUUCUAGUCUGCAAUCAUUGUCUUCAUCAUCAUCCCAGUGCUCUCUUGCAAACUCUACGGGCUCAAUAUCCUCUCUCCGGUCCUUUGAAUAUCCCAGUAGUCACAGGUCACAAUAUUUCCAAAAACUGCACAAAGAGAGGCAAUUCCACUACUCGACAAUCAGGUCGAAGCUGAGCCACAUGGUGGAUAUCCUGUCCCGGCGGGGCCGUGGCCCUGCGAGCUACAUGACCCAGUACCCUCCUGGCAGGAGCAGCCUAAAGCAGAGGCGGGACAUCAGCGCCAGCCUGCACAGCCUCCGCGACGCCUCGCUCUUUGCCUUGAAUAAAUGAUCCCUGUCCUGGCCACACAAUACACAACCCCCAAAUCUCAACUUGCUGUCUCUUUGUACCUAAAGAUUCUUCCACUUCCGUCCAGCACUUUUACUUUUUUAAUAUGCUGUACACUGCUCCCCAGCACUUUGUUUUAUACUAUGCAAUGCAAGCGGUGAAAAAGAGAUAUUAUAUGGUAACUACUUACAGGUUCCUCUUGUAUACAUUAGUGGUGUAGAUCAUUUUAAUUCUGGGUAUUUAACCUCAAAACGGAACUUGUUAUUGCUUUCCGGGAUUGCUAAUGCCCUAGUUUUAAUUUAUGUAAACUUGGAAAAAUCUGAGUCACACUAAACUUGCUCAGAGUGGCUUUGGAGAUCUAUCUUAUUUCAAGGAAUUCUCAAUCUUUUUUUUUCCAAUAUUGGCUUUUAUUUCUAUUUUAUCUUUGACAGGAGAGGAAUCAGCUUUUACAAAGAGCCAUAAAGCUGAUUUUAUUCUAACUUCUGUGAUAUACAUGUUACUCUUUCACUAAAGUUGCAAAGAGUCUGUGGAAACAGUUGCAGGUUAUCUUCAACUGUAUUAUUUUUCUAUUGUUUACGCCUUCUGAAACAGAAAUAAAUAACUAGCCCUUUAGUUUGAUCAUGCUCUUGUGCCUUUGUUAAAAAUAUAUAAAUAUAUAUGUGUAUGUGUGUGCUUCCUUCUUUGCAGUGAACUCCAAGGCGAGACAAUCACUGGGGGCAUGUGACAAAGCCCCUGUUCAAAAGUAAACUGACAAAUGCACUAACAAAUGUUAUGGGUUAUGUUGGGUAAUGUUAAUUUACAAGUAACUUUAGGAGUUAAAUAAACAUUUUUCUCUUUUUUAACUAUGCUGUCUGAAAUACUCUUUGCCCCUCUAUGAUUUUUCCAUCAUUAACUUGGCUGGAGGAGCUAAAGUGCCACUUUAUUUUUUGAAGAUUUCCCAUAUUGAGUGGACCUUAGGUUUUGUUGCUUUGCAAAGCUUUCAUCUGAUUAUUUUCAGAUUUCUGUGCAUGUCUAUGCUUGCUGGGUCUCUUGCCUGAGCAGUGUGUGCAGUUUGUCCCUGAGAUCUGAGCUGUACUGUUUUUCUUUAGACCUGCAUCUCAGUACUUCAGUGACCAACCACACUGAAUUCUGCCAAAUCAAAUCAGUCUGGGCUAUGUAUUUUUUUAUUUAGGGGCAAGUGUGUCCAGUAGAUGGCACAUUUCAGCUGUUGGAUUGAAUAUUGAAUGAAUGAAUAAAAAUAUCCAUAACUCAAAAAGGCUGUAAGUGUUGAGAACAACUAACUUUGGCUUUUCUGUCUGAAAUCUCUAUGAGCAAAGAGGUUUAGCUACUCUUAUUACUUGGAUUUCAAAGCAGCCACUCCUUCACUAAAGCUGGAGGUGGGGAAAAAGGUUCUGUCUGCACUUGUUCAAAAUGAUAAGGUACUUUUAUUGCUUGAUUCGUGGAUCUGGAAUGCUGGCAACAAACCAAUGUGCAGGGAGGGAGCCAAGAUUACACCUUCAAAGCCAGUAUCGAGUUGUAUUUUUGAGAGCUCAAGUCCUGCAGUUCUUGAAUGUAUGUAAAAAUACCUUGUUUGUUCCAUGUGCUUUUCAUUAUACCGUGCUGCUGUUAAGGUACUCUAACAGGAGCAAGAAACAGUUUACAAAUAAACUCCUUUUUGCCAUGGGGUUUUCGCCUGA